CCAUCCGACACUAUCUUAUAGGCAAGUCGUCACCCGCUUUUGCUGUUUCUCUUUCAGGCCUAUCUACUGCAGAUAGAAGGCAGUGAUAAGGAACCAAAAAAUGGAAUUGCUCGACCAAUUUAACGCCUAUUAUGACGAGAUAAUGAAGUAUAGAGAGCCACUGUGUGAUGGCUACCCACUACUUGACUCACCAGCGGGGGUCCUAGCCUUGUCCGUCCUCUACUUGCUCGUGGUAUGGCAAGGUCCCAAAUGGAUGGAACACCGCAAGCCCAUCAAUUUGAAAGUCCCAAUUUUUAUUUAUAAUAUUUGUAUGGUCAUCAUUGCAUCAACCAUUGCUUUUGGGGGUAUCCACUCCAUCAUCAUGAUAGGUGGCCUCAAGGUCUUCUGUGAGAACUCCAACAACACACGAAACUUUUCAGACGAGGAUGUGAUAUUUUACUACGUGAACUUGGGCUGGCUGUUUUUUAUAUCAAAGUAUAUUGAGUUCCUCGAUACAGUUUUCUUCAUCCUACGUAAGAAGAACAACCAGGUGACAUUCUUGCACGUGUACCAUCACACCUCCAUGGCUCUGCUCACCUGGAUCGGGCUCAAGUUUUUCUCCGGGGGCAACAAUAUAGCAUACGGCAUAGUCAACAGCUUUGUCCACGUCAUCAUGUACUCGUACUACGCUCUGUCUGCCCUGGGUCCAGAGAUGAGAAAGUAUCUGUGGUGGAAGAAGUAUCUGACCAAACUACAGAUAGGCCAGUUUGUCGUCCUGCUCAUUUACGCUGCUUGGAAUGAAAUGUUCGGAUGUCCGUUUUCUAGAAUAUUCGUGAACAUCUGCAUAGUCUACAUCCUCACCAUCCUCCUUCUCUUCAUCAACUUCUACAUCAGGGCCUACCUCUCCUCCAACAGGCAAGCCAGAGAGGAUGCCGCGCAAAAACUGCGCGAUGAAGGGGAGAGCAACACAAAUGAAGCAGUUAAAAAAGUGAACUGAUUCCCACUGAUGUUGCAAAGAUUUGAACUUACAGGUCACAACAAAAGAGAAAAAAAAUGUUGUCAUCUAUAGACGUAUUAGUAUUGAUUACUAAUUAGAAUUGAAAGACAUUUAUUUAGAAGAACGUUUUUGCGAUAACAGAUAAAAUGC